CGGCGCAGUCGGGCGGCGGCGGGGAAGCCAUCAUGUCGCGGGAGUUUGAGCUGUGCCCCGGGCGCCGCAUCGGCGGCGAGCAGCCGUGCUUCAUCAUCGCCGAGAUCGGGCAGAAUCACCAGGGCGACCUGGCCAUCGCCAAGCGCAUGAUCCGCAUGGCCAAGGACUGCGGAGCAGACUGUGCUAAAUUCCAGAAGAGUGAACUGGAGUACAAAUUCAACAAGAAAGCCUUAGAAAGGCCUUAUACCUCUAAACACUCCUGGGGAAAGACCUAUGGGGAGCACAAGCGUCACUUGGAGUUUAGUCAUGACCAAUACAGAGAGCUAAAGAAAUAUGCAGAGGAGAUUGGCAUUUUCUUCACAGCUUCCGGCAUGGAUGAGAUGGCUGUGGAAUUUCUACAUGAGCUGAAUGUUCCAUUUUUCAAAGUAGGAUCAGGAGAUACAAACAAUUUUCCAUAUUUGGAAAAGACUGCAAGGAAAGGUCGCCCAAUGGUGAUUUCCAGUGGGAUGCAGUCGAUGAACACAAUGCAUCAGGUUUAUCAGAUUGUGAAACCCAUCAAUCCAAACUUCUGCUUCCUGCAGUGCACCAGUGCAUAUCCACUUCAGCCAGAGGAUGUCAACCUCCGUGUUAUAUUGGCGUAUCAGUCAGCUUUUCCUGAUAUCCCUAUUGGCUAUUCGGGGCAUGAAACUGGCAUAGCCAUUUCAGUAGCAGCUGUUGCUAUGGGUGCUAAAGUAGUGGAACGCCAUGUGACUCUGGACAAAACAUGGAAAGGAAGUGACCACCAAGCAUCCCUGGAGCCAAAUGAACUGGCGGAGUUAGUGAAAGCCAUCCGUACUGUGGAAAAAGCGAUGGGUUCACCAAUCAAACAGCUCUUGCCCUGUGAAAUGGCUUGCAAUGAAAAGCUGGGAAAGUCUGUUGUGGCUAAAGUGACAAUCCCUGAAGGUGCAGUACUGACACUUGACAUGCUGACAGUGAAGGUGGGAGAGCCUAAAGGAUUUCCCCCAGAAGCCAUCUUUGAUCUGGUGGGCCAGAAGGUUAUAAAAAAUAUCGAAGAAGAUGAAACCAUCACUGAGCAAGCAGUGGAAAAUCAUGUCAAAAAAGUGAAGUGCUGAACCAAAGCACUUCAUUCCAUAUUUCAUGAUGUAGUACUGUGCUACUGCACAACAUAUUUAAGUACAGCAGCACGGUAGAUUAGAAUAAAAAGGUGUAAUUAGGUUUCAAGCAGGUUAGAAUUUUCAAGUUCUCAUUAGCAGGUAGUUUAUGAAGCAAGGGGAUAUAAAUUACAAAGAGUAAUUUUAUUAGAAACCAUUAUAGUAUCGUGUCUAGAAAAUACCAUGCUUCUCCUUUCUCCAUUCCACUUAACCUAGACUAAUUUGGAGUUUCAUCAAACCUAAGAUCACAGUCUACUGCUUUCUAGCUUCCCUUUUCCAGUAAGAAUAUAGUACAUCACAAUAAUUUUGUCUACACUUUGAAUUGUUCUAACCCUGUAUCUUUUGAUGUUCCUCUCUCUUUAUGCAAUUUUCCUCACCCCUGUGAUAACAGGAUGUUAGUUGGAAUUGAAUACAGAUAAGCUAAAGUUUACAUACACUGAACAGAAACCGAAACAUGCAAGUGGAUGGAUUUUUCUAAAGGUAGAGCUGUGGGUUGCAGGAAUCUGCACUCGGGGGAAAAUGAGCUCCUUGAGAAAGCUAGGUUCUCAAGAGACAGUACCAAGAAUGGAAGCAAAUUGGGUACAUAGAAAGGUCUCCCAUUUAAGGAGCUAAAGAAAGAGCCUUUUUGCACUUUUUGUGAAGUGAAAGGCAAAAGAGCAAGCCAGAUAAAGUAACAGGUUAAAAAACAGAUAUGAGAUGAGUAAGUGGAAAUAAACCCAACCUAUGCUUCAAAAAAAAAAAAUGUUAAAAGCGUCUGUUGUGAGCUGAGUGUGGCCUGAAAUCUUAAAUCAAUUCUGCAGUGCAUUUGGAUACCUGCAUUUGUACCUGGGGGCAACCUCCCAGCCAGGAAACCAAGCUGGUACCAAUUCAGUAGCCUCCUUUCUGUAUUAACAAGCAAAUACAUUGGGUUGGGUUUUUUCCACCGACAGUAGUGUUCAAGGCAACUGUCACUGGCUGCCUAACUAGAUCAUGUUGGCUAGGCUUCAACAUGAUGGUCAGUGCUCAUCUUCUGUGUUCUGCUCUUGCCUCACAGCUUCUCACUUUUCAAGUAAGAAGUGCAAUCCCACUCCUGUCAGCCUGGUGCUCUUCCCUUGUCCAGGAAGGAGUCACAUGGCAGCAGCUGCAAACGAGGCAUCCCUCAAUUAACUUGGGUUAGUGCUGAACUCUUUGAUGUAACUAAUCUGUAUUUUUCUGUGGUGGAAUCAUUUAUUAGUGACGUUUAUUUGGAACUUGCUACCUCUUGGUCAUGAGUUGAAGUAUGUGGAAUUUGGUGGUGGCGCUUCUGUACCUGUGAGCUGUUUACUUGCAAAACGUUUACCCUUCUGCAAUUCUGAGGAAACUGUAUUUGUAUCUUUAAAAUGGAAAGCAGAGAUUCUUUCAAUCAUGUGCUUGACCAUAUAUAAGUUCUGAUCCAGUAUGCUUGCCUUACCUUAAAAAUUUAUUUGAUUGUUAAAAGAUUUUUUUUUUUUUUUUAAAUUUCAAACUUGAAAAAUAAAUUUAGCUUAUAAAAAAA